AUGGAUCGUUUUUUAAUUAAGAAAAGUAAAUUAAGCGAAGAAUUGCAUGAUCCUAAUAAUGCUCAUAGAAUUGAUGUUGAGGAAUUGCCUGGUCCUAGUUUCAAUCCUCCUAACGUUGAGGUGAGUGCGAGUAAAAAUGCUAACGUACGAUCAAAAAAUAUUAUUCGACAAUAUCACGAAAGCUAUUUAUCAUUUGGUUUCACGUCGAGUGGUGGAGAAAUGCCUAUACCUCAAUACCUCAUGUGUAGUGAAAAAUUAUCUAAUGAAAGUAUGGUAACAAGUAAGCUGAAAAGGCACCUGCUUACAAAACAUGGUUUUGCGUCUGAAAAGCCUCUAGAUUUUUCAAAAGGAAGCUAUGCUGUCGCGGAACUGAUAGCAAAAAAAAUGAAAUUUCACACAACAGCCGAGUCAACCAUUUUACCAGCAUGCUGUGAAAUCGUUAAAAUUUUGUUUGGUGAAGAUUUUGAAAAAGAAGUUAGAAAAAUUCCGUUAUCUAAUAACACUGUCCAAAGGCGUAUUGAAGACAUGUCUAAAGAUGUUGAAUUCCACGUGAAUGAAAAACUUAAAGCAGCUGAAUUGUUUGCCCUUCAAUUAGAUGAGUCUACAGAUGUAACCGGAAAACCUCUAGUCAUGACAUUCACCUUCCUGAAACUACAAGUGGACAAGGCAUUUUUAAUUUGGUUAACAAUUAUUUUACUACUGCCAAUAUAUCAUGGAAGUUUUGUUUGA